AUGAGAGUGUUGCCAGCAGUUCUAAUUUUGACUCUAGUUACAACGCUUAGUGCAGUAAGUAGACAUAAGUAAUUUGUUUGUGAACUAAUUGUAGUCUACUACUUAAUUGUAAAUAAAUGAAAUAUAUUUUUAUCCAUAGAGCUACUAAUUUUUAGUCUAGGUAGGCAGGUCUUUUGUAUGUUUGAUGUGUCGGCAUUUAAUAUAGACGCAUGCACUCAUGACAAAAUGAGAGAUAAUAUCGUUAAAUUUAUUCAAAUUUUACGCGCCAUCAAUUGGGUGUUUUAAUGUUUGGGAUAAACACGCAGUAAAUCGAGAUACAUUUUCGUGACGCCAUUAAUUUUGACACAGCUGAAACAGAUUCUACAUCCUGCAUUCCUGCUAUUGGUUUCACUCCCCUCAAUAAUAUUCCGUACGUUGUCUGCAGAAUUAUAUAAUGGACGACCCUGACUGGACCUCUAUAGAGAAAAUAAUGUGGAACUGAUACUGUUAUUCAGUAUCACUAAAUGUAUGGCAGAGCUGUCUAAAUCUCAAUUUAAACACAUCAGGUAAAUCCAUACGAUCCUGGCAUUUGCACAAAACAGAAGAGAGGAAAAUUGACGGUUGUCAAAGAUUAUAGUGAUGAUGAUAAAAUCGUGGUUUGUGUUGAACAUCAUGGAAAAUAUAAAUGGGAUAUGAUAAAUGGUAUUUAUGUAUAAGUAAAUUAAAUUAAAUAUUUAAAUAACAUUGCUUAAAAGGCGACUGUGUGGCUUUCUCUACCUGUCUUGGCUUGCCACCCUGGGGGGGGGGGGGUACACCCCACAACUUGAAUCAGUUUGCCACGAGUAUAAAUUUCUUACUCUUACUUAUUGUAAUAAAAAAUAAUUCGGACUUUUGUAACAAAUUAGACUAAUUGUUGCCCUUGAUCAUGUUAUUGCUCAGGUUAUUCGUAUGGCAACUAUUUUGAUCCGGCAAAAGAUUGUUCAGAUGUUGUUGAUAAUGUUCAAAAAGCUAAGAGUGGAGUUCACUGGAUUCAAACAGUAAAGGGCCCGGUCAAAGUAAGUCAAAAAUAAUGUGUGAUUUAUAAUCAGAACUUUGUUGCAGAUCCUAUGCAUCUUUGCCUAAAAAUUCUGCAUUUUCAACUAUCUACACCUCAAAGUUCUUAUCUCGCCAGAUUCAAUCUCAAAGCGAAUUCGUACGCUAAUAUAACGGCGUUCUCCCAGUAAUUGCAGCCCUAGGGUGAUUCGUGCACAUGACCUUCACUUUCAGGUUUUUAUAUUUGCAACCGUGGCCCAAUUAUCAUUUGAUUUAGGCCUGGUGUGAUGUUGAUACAUCUAGAUGGGGAUUCCUGUUGAUUGAUGUCAAAGAUACACCUGAAACCUGGGCUAUCCCUUCCAAUUCCUCCCUUGUUCACCCUCACGGUCUGGCGAGGUGGUCGAGUGCAUUUGGUGAGAAGAAUGUGUUAGAUUUUCGCGUGCAGAUUUCAACGAGCAAAGAUUUUCAUGAUACCCGAGCGCACUGGUAUGUGACAUGUUGUUGUUGUUUGCUGUUGUUGCUGCUGUUGUUGUUGUUGUUGCUGUUGUUGCCGUUGCUGUGGUUGCUGUUGCCGCUGUUGUUAUUGUUGCUGCUGUUGUUGUCGCUGUUUUGAUUGUUGUUGUCUUGAAUCAAACACAGCGUAAUUACUCCACUUUAGGUAUUAUCAUUUUAAAUCCCCACGCAUUCUUUCAAAAUUACUGAUGUCCCAUGAAGGAGGAUGCAGUCAUCGAUACCCAGGGAUUGGGAACAUUGCCUACGUUAAAGAUCUUAUGACUGGAAAGAAGGCAACAACGACGUUUUAUGGUUCGCGAUUUGGAGCUUCAAUUGCACCUGGACUGGGAUGGGUAUGUCACCCUAUGCUACUUUUAAUAGCUUUGAUCCACAAGAUUUUAAUUUAUGUACCUUGCAGAGUACUUCAUUUUCCAUCAUUUUUAUUCCACCAGGAGAAAAUGAACAGAUGUUUCAAAGAAUCAUGCCCAAUUGGUUUUGCAUAUCUUCCUGGUUAUCAUAUCGACACAUCAGGCUCGUACAGGUAAUUAUGUUAUGGUUUGAAUUAGAAAAUACAAACAUUUUCACAUACCGUCAUGCUGUUUUCCUUCAUGCAGCUACAGUGUCAUGUCGGGACGUUCAGGCAUACAGGACAGUCAAACAUCAUUCGUUGGAUGUGAUCAUGGAAAGGUAAAGUACAUCUAAAAUAUAAACGAGGAAACGUUUGGAAAAGUUUGGUCACUUGAUCAUAUGAUUUAAAGUGAUUCAAUCUCAAUUGGUAAAUAAUCAACCUUAAUAAUUUCAAUUUGCGAGCAAGGAGUCCUAGACAAAAUUUUAUCAUUAGUCUCAGUUUUUUAACGUUUUAUAUCAAAUACAACUUUGCAUUCAGUCAGUUUAUUUACUGGCCAUUCGACUAGGCCUUGUCCGCCAUUUUUGGGUACAUAAAUAAAAUAUUUCCCGAUUCGGCAAAACCUAUACAAUCAUGGCCAAAUGUUGUGGAACGUAAAGUGCGAUUUCGUGUUUUUACCCUUAAUUUGAAUAAAGAAACUCCUUCCCCCAGUCAAUGUUGUUUGGGAUUGUGUUCUGCUCGGAAUAAGCAUCACACAAUCUGAUUUAUUAACGCUAAGAUCAACAUUGGAAAAGGGGCCGGGCGAGCUCCUUUUUCGUGAAAUCUAUGACAAUAUUAUAACUCGCGCGCCUUUACCUUUUAAUUAGCUUGCGUUCCACAAACAUUUGGCCAUGAUUGUAGCUAUAUAAUGCGAUGUUACGAUUUCACAGUGCUGUGCAUGUUUUGGUCCUGACAGUAAGCAGGAUUACUGCGCACCAAAAUGUCAAGCAAUCAAUGGGGGAACUGUUUUAAGAGAAAAGGACAAUAUCACAGUUUGGUUUUGGAUCCGUUCAUCUUUACCAAAACGUGUUUGGAAAAAAUGCAUGGAGUUUAAAGAAAAGAAUAGUGCUGGAAAAAUGGAAACAUGGCGUGUCGAGGAUGGAAUAAAGAGAAAGGUAUGGUAGAACGAAACUAGAAAUAUACAGGUAGGUAAGUAAGUGGGGGUGUGCCAGUGAGCUCCAUAUUUUACCUGGAGUAAGAACGUCAGUCAUUCAUGGCGGCCAUUGACGUCCAAUAGCUCUGAAGGUCGUAAACAGCUUUUAUACAAUCCCCCCCCCCCCCCCCGCUAAUUCCAGUUUUUUAGUCAAUGUCAAAAUACGAAAUUUCGGUACACUCCUUGCCCAAUCUCGUUCCCCGAGCCUGCGAUCCUCGGGAAGGAACGUGAGGCUCUGGGAUAAUCCGUUUCAGGGAGGAAUCUGAUUGACCGUACGUUGAUAUGGAAUGCGCAGUUCGGUCUUAGCCAGGAUUCCUGGCUUCCGGCAACGGAUUAUCCCAGAGCCUCACGUUCCAUACGAGAUUGACUCCUUGCCAAGAUGGCGGAAAUUGAAGGAGCUAUUGGACGUCAGUUCCAGUCCCUUUCUGUUGUUUUUGUCUGCACGGUAAACGUUCUCGAGUUCUCGCUCGAGCAAAGAAAGCAAAGCUGAAUUACGGACGCUGCUCAGCCUGGUCGACUCGAAGGCUUUCUAAGGGCGCCUCUGGUAGUCUCAAGUCUGACAAUGGAGCACAGCUACGGUGGAAGGGUCAGUUUAGGUGGGCUUCUACACGUUUUAAAAUACAGCUUAAGAAUUAAGACAAGGUAUAUAUUGAACAGACUGGUGCAAGAUCUGAAACAAAACUAUAUGAGGUUCCCUUUAUAAGACAUUUGUCUAUAUAAUUGUUCAUAUGUACUACUUAUUUAGGGUCCAUGUUCAGUUCCUGAAGAUGUCACAAUUAAUGAUGGGGUAAGCUAAAAGUCAUUAAGUAAGUUUUUUAUGUAUUAUAUCAAAUUAUUUCCCCUGCUUAGCAGAAAAUCUGAGCAAAACUGCAUAUUCUCUGUGCUUAGAAUAAUUCUUCUUGUGGUAUCACAGCAUCAAGCAACAUCACAGCACGGUAUUGUUGAUUUUUUGCAGGUUGCAGUAGUCCCUAACAAUCAAUCAAUGAAAAAACUUCCAAAGGUGGAAGGUCUUCUUUCCUAUCUUUCUGAUAAGAAGAAGCUGUAUAUCAAAGAACAAUCUCAGUGGACAGCAUUGGCAAAUCAGAACGAAGUACGUUUUACCUCCAGUUUUGCUGCGGAUAUUAGUAUUCAAAAUAUAAACGUAAAAUUUCCCUCCCCCGCCUCAACUCCUCGACAUUUUAAAACUGCCAGCUGCGCAGACAGGAAUUCACUCGGCGUAUACUUGAUUUGUGGACUAUAAUAGCUAAAAUACGACGAACAAUACUGAGUCUUUUAAGUUUUGAACACACUGAAAGACUGGAUGGCACAAUUGUUAUCAUAGUGUGCAAAGAGUUAUGCACGCAAAGGGCUCAUUAGGAGAAAAAUGAAUUGCGACAAAGCCUGAUGAGGAAGGGUGGAUCCAGCUUUUUUCACAAGAAUCGCGCAUUAGGUGAUGCAUGAAGUCGAAAGUACAGCCAGCUCGUUGGGAUCACCAAUUGGUCGCCGAUUUUAGGCGGUAAAUGAAAGUGUUAUUAUAUUAACCAAUAUAUCUACAGGAUAAUUACGCCUCGCAAUUAAUUAAGAAUUCACGUAAUCUUGUCUUUUUCAUAAAAAGAUUAAAGAUGUCAUUGGAAAGCUUGACAGUUUCAAGCAAGAAAUCGACAAUAAACUUACAAAGGUCAAUCGUAAAAGGUAAAAUGAGAGUUAAUUCUGUUCUUUACUUCGUUGUUUUUUGUUUAUGUUCAUGUAAAAUAAAAUAAAAUAAAAUUGAAAUAUUAAUAAGAAUAAUUUUAAUUUAAUAUAACUUAGAACAGGUUAUAACACAUUAGUUAUAACAACUUAAACUAGCUAAGAUUUGAAUCGUGACUUAGUAGAAUACAACUUAUGAAGAUGAUACUUGAAAAUACUUAAAGAAUUGGAGGAUUUGACAUAAGAGGGUAGAGUGUUCCAUAGUUCAAUCGUUCUAAUGAAAAAAGAAUUUCUAAAAUAGUCCUGCUUGUGUUUAACUAGAAGAUUAUAGUUGUUUUUAUCAUAAUUUCUUAAUUGGUAUCCAGGUAUAUUGAGGUAUCCCCCCCCCCUGGUCAUCUCAAUAUAAAAUUCUAGCUCAUGUAACCUCACGUGCAGUUGGCUUUGAAACUUGUUGAUUUUACAGUGAUAAAUAUUAAUUAGCGACUGGAAUGUUGUCGGCAAAUGCGAUACUAUACUUCCCGCUUCUUUACCAUCUUCGCUACGGCCCUGAUUGUAGCCCAUAUAGACGCUUUGAAAUGUAUUGAAUUUGUAGUGAGAAAAAGAUAAACGAUGUGAGUGGGAAGCUUAACAAUUUUAAGCAAGAAAUCAACAAUAAACUUACGACGGUGAAUAAAGGUAAUAAAGAACUGAAAAUUAAUAUAAUAAAGAAUUCUGAAAAUUAUUAGCAUGUUUUAUUUAGAUGCUUUGCCCUAAUUUCCAUGUUUUAUUUUCUAUUUUCUAUUUUCUAUUAGUUCAUUGGCUAAUACCACUCUUUUCCUUUUUAAAGAUGUUAAAGUGCUGACACACAAAUCAUGCAAACAAAUAUGGAUGAGUCGAAGGUAAAAUGAGGGUAUACUUAAUGGUUUUCUUUACUUUGCCAUUGUUCUAUCUUUUUUUCAUGUUUGUGCAAACAUGGUGAAGCAAUUAUCAACUGGUAUAACUUCAGCAUCGAAAUUGUUCAACCCGUUCUCGUUAGCCGCAUAAUUUCAAAAGAUUUGUACAAGCUAGUCAUCUCAAAAUACAAAAAUCGUCGUCCAUUAUAGACGCUUUGAGUUUCCAGUGAGUUUUCUACAUAAGUUAUAUAAACCAAAAAUCAAAAUACAGAAUAUUUCGUUUAUCUUACAGCAACAAAGGAAGUGGUGUUUAUCAAAUCAGUGUUGGGAACAAUCAAGUUAUCAACGUGUACUGUCGAAUGACGUCAGUCUCAAGUUGCUAUGGCGGUGGUUGGACAAUGGUGAUGAAAAUGACGGACGCUUGGUAAGUCAAAACGAGGCUCUAUAGCCAAGAGGACGUAUACUCCAGAAGGGUGUAAAGGAUGAGGUUUCGGGUGAAGGUUGAGAUUAAAUGUAACUUUGGGAUUGGGGUCAUGUUUAGACAUAAGGUCAAGCUGAGGAAUCAGAUUAAGGAUUAGGCUGAGAAGAAGGAUCAAAGUCAAUCUGACUAAACUAUAGUAUUUGUUUUUAUAGAGUACUUUCAAAUACAGUUCCUCUUAUUGGACGAGCAGAAGCACUUACGGUGACAACGCCUAUUGGCGAAACGGCGGUUUAGACAACCGACAAUAUAAAGGAUCGACUUACUGGCAAACCUCAUUUAAAGAAAUUUGUGUUGGCAUGAAAUAUGGUGGUCGUUUAAGAGCAUUCUCUUUCUCGUAUCCGGCAUCAUCGCUGUAUAGUUUGAUCGCAGACGGAAAAUAUCGACAAACUCACGUUGGUCGCGCGCAGUGGAAAUCAUUGAUCCAUGGAUCAUCCUUACAGCGCAACUGUAUCCGAGAGGGAUUUAACAUAUACGUUAAUAGUCAGCGACACACAAGAGUUCGGAUGGGUGUGAUGGCAAACCAAGAAAAUGAUUGUAAUACACCAGACUCUUUCGUAGGCCUGGGAGGUGGAGGUGGUCUGAAUUAUCAGCUCUGGGGUUGGUGCAGGCCUUCGCAUACAUCUGCCAACGCCGCGGGUAAUCUUGCCCAGUGCAAUGCAGACAAAGGAAACAAGAAUGCCAGAGCCAUGGCAUACAUAUUGGUUCGUUAA